AUGUCGUUCACACGAGCCCUUGCAAUCCGUCGCGCAGCCAUCCCGAGGAGCAUCCCGCGGGCCUCAAUGCCCAUCGCAGCAGCCAGGCAAGUCAGAUGGGACAGCGCCAAGUCGAAUGACGGAGACCUCGGCGGGCCGGGCGGCCAGGAGCCUGUGCCUCCCCAAAGCGGCGCGUCGCAGAGUUGGCCUACCCUGGCAGCGAUCGCGGCUGUGGGAGUCGGCGUCGGGGCCUACUUGGUUCAUCUGAAGGGGAAGCCAAAGGGCACGAGGCCGCCUGGCGCAGGGGAUUUUGAUAAGCUUGCGGAGAAAGUUACGCCGGGAAAAUAA